AUGGUCCUACCGCUGUGUCGGUGUCGGGUACUGUAUAUAGGAUCGUCUGUACCAACGAUCACUAAGGAUGGUCUACAGGGCAUACAGCAACCGCUACGAGAGCGCUAUCCUGUCGAGGACACACCCGAGACGAGAGGAAUCGACUCAUGGCUUUCCGUAUGGUCAAAUGGUAUUCUACUCGAGUAUAUCGAAGGUGACAAAAAGAGUGAGACUGCGUUCUUCCCAAUCAAUACCCUGCACUAUUGUGCAGCCGUCAGAUAUGUGAAUGUUACGGGUUAUGCUGUGGAAGGUGGAGGUGAACGAUUUUUGCCACUUGACUCGCCUUUCGCCAAUAUUCCCGACUCACCUCAUCCCCCUAUUUUUGCUGCGAUUAUGAGGCGAACCACUGGAGUAAAGGUACUAGAAUGCCAUGGAUUCAUUUGUACAAACAACAAGGCCGCGAACGCCCUUGUUCGUUGCUGUUUCCACGCCUAUGCCGAUUCCAUUUAUCUGAAAAUGGACGAGAAAGUCCCGGGACUGAAGGCCAUAAAGGAAGGUUCUACUGGAGAACGGUCUCCGGGUAGUCCUCAAAGUGAGGAAGGCAAUUCUGUCGAAGGAGAGGAUCAGAUCGAUCGUGCACCCAAGGGAUGGGAAAGACGUCAGCAAGAUGGUGAAUACGACAGUGUCAGUAUCAGCAGCAGUUUGGUUCGUGGAGGAAAGCGUGCGGCCAGUGAAACAGGUGUCGGACGCACUGCUCUAGUGCCAUUUUCUGAACAACCACGUCGUGCCGGCUCGGAAGCUGACUUGGCCUACAGCUCCAGUCCUCACCACCAUUAUGGACCGCCGAUGCCGCCACCAGGAGCCCGAAUGCCGUUCCCAAUGCAUCCACCACAUCCCCACCAUCCUCAUCCAAUGAUGGGCUUCCACCCACCACCGCUUCCACCACCCCCACAGUUUUUCAGAGGACCAUUCCCUCCGCCACCACCACCCCCACCACCACACCAUAUGAUGCCACCACCGUCAAUGCGAUUACCUCCGGGUGUACGAAUGCCACCCCCUCCACCACAUAUGUUCCCAAUGAUGGCACCACCGUUUGCACCACGUGGUUAUUUCAUGCCACCGCCUCCACCACACUUCAUGGGGCAUCCGUAUCGUCCUACCAGCCCUGGUGAAGGACCAAUCAUCACAGGACCAGAGUCGAUCUAUGGCACGAUUCCGCGUCGAGGCGCAUACGAGGAGCCAGUGUACAUGCCUGGAUCACACAUGGGGCCACCAGAGGCUUCCUACCAACCAGCAAACUACUCCGCUGAUCAUUACGAAUCAUACUAUGACACGUAUAGGAGGAAAUCAACAAAAAAGGAUUGUGCCGCCAGCACAGCGAACUCCCGACAAGACAACUCUUCAGUUUGGGAACAGUACGAAGCUGGAAUUUACAGAAAGCCUCACCUAAACGAGAAAGCCUUUGGAGGAACAUUAAAGUCAACUGCCGCUAAAGAAACGGGCAACACGACGCUGAACAGGAACGGCAGUCCAGAAAUUGCAACACAAACAGUUGAAGCAAAUGUGAGUCAAUUUUCUUCUAGUAGUUUCAGUUAUUUUUUAAAGGGAAGAGGGACAGUCUCUCGACCGGACACACCCCCAGUUGACUACGAGGCGUUUGAGAAUAUGAAAAUCAAGUCUCAACAACAUGGUGGCAACGGCCGAACUCCUGUCUACUGA